AUGGCGACACUAUGCAAGAAGUGCUGCAGCUACAUAUUCUCAUUAGGCCUCACCGCUCUCUCUCUCUGGCUUCUCCUCUAUCAAAAAACCCCAACUUGUUCCAUUGAACAAUUUGACGUUUUUGCCCUCAAAGAAACUACUACUACCAACAACAAUAACAGCAACAAUGUACACUACGAUUUGAAGCUCAAAAACAGGAUUAUAAACAAGGGAAUUUACUACGAUACCCUUAACGUGACCUUCUACGAGAAAAAUAACUUCAUUGGAAAUGCCAUUUUUAGCCCCUUCUACCAAGGCUACCAUAAGGGUACUCACCGUGUUGGAGAUAUUGAGGCUAGAGGGGUACAAUGGGAAAAUGUUACCGCCGCGAUGAUGGUUUUCAGGGUGGAGUUGGCCACGGCUGUUAGGUACAAGCACUUGUUGUGGAAGAGCAAACGACAUCAUUUGGUUGUUGGAGCUGACUUGAAAGUCAAUGAUCAAGGUAGUUUGGUUAAAGGGAAGGGUAAUAAAGGAAUUACACUUAUUUCUAAAGCUGGAAAUAAUAAUAAUAAGAGUCGUUUUGAGCUUUUGGGUAUGUUGGAUAUUUUGGUUUUCAUUCAUUUUUUGUGA